AUGUCGCCAAUCAAAGACAUAUGGGCCCAAUGGGACCAGGCCUGGGAUAUUGGUUUAUCCACUGAGAAACGAUUGUCUAUCCUGAAAAACGCCACUGCUCCCGGCUUUGUCUACAGCAAUAUGAACAACAUCAUUUCCGACGACCUGGAGUCACUUGUUCAACUUAUACACGACGUCCUUACCCAACAAGGCAACAAGUUGACGGUCAACCAUAUUAAGUGGUUCGAACAGCAUAGCCAGAGUGCCCUACAAUGGGAUAUGAUCCAUAUUGACUCAGGGAAAGCUGCCUUGAGUGGUUGGAGUUACGGAAAAUACGCGGAGGACGGCAAGCUUCUGUCGGUGUCCGAUUUCUGGUAG